AUGGCUGAUCGAGUGCUUGUGAUUGGCAGUGGAGGGAGAGAGCAUGCACUAGCCUGGAAGCUGGCCCAGUCCCCACAUGUAAAACAUGUGUUUGUUGCUCCAGGAAAUGCAGGAACAGCUGACAAUGGAAAAAUUUCAAAUUCAGCUGUAUUAGUGAGCAAUCACACUAUUGUCAUCCAGUUCUGCAAAGAUCAUAACAUUGGACUUGUGUUAGUCGGACAAGAAGCUCUUUUGGCAGCUGGGAUUGUUGAUGACCUGAGAGCUGCAGGAGUUAGGUGUUUUGGACCAUCUGCAAAAGCAGCCCAGCUGGCAUCCAACACCAGUUUUGCCAAAGCCUUUCUGGAUCGACAUGGGAUCCCAACAGCAAGAUGGAAAGCCUUCACGAAUCCCCAGGAAGCUUGUAGGUUUAUUAUCAGCACAGACUUUCCUGCACGAGUUGUACGGGCAAGGGGCCCUGCUGCUAGAAAAGAAGUGAUUAUUGCAGCCAGCAAAGAGGAAGCCUGCAAAGCUGUCCAAGAGAUUAUGCAGGACAGAAUGUUUGGAGAGAUGGUUGUUAUUGAGGAACUUCUUCAAGGGGAAGAACUUUCUUGCUUGUGCUUCACGGAUGGUGUCACUGUUGCCUCAAUGCCCCCAGCCCAGGCCCAGAAACGAUUAUUGGAUGGUGACCAGGGUCCAAAUACUGGAGGGAUGGGAGCCUAUUGCCCGGUUCCUCAGGUUCCAGAAGUUCUUCUAGAGCAAAUCAAUGGUGCUAUCCUUCAACAUGUUGUUGAUAACAUGAGACACGAAGGAACAGCAUAUGUAGGUGUGCUGCAAACAGGUUUAAUGCUUACCAAAGAUGGUGUGAAAGUUUUGAACUUUAAAUGUCAGUUUGGUGACCCUCAGUGCCAGGUAAUUCUUCCACUCCUUAAAAAUGAUUUUUAUGAAGUGAUUCAAGCAACAAUUGAUGGCAAACUCUGCAGCUUCAUGCCAGCCUGGUCAGAAAACAGUACAGCUGUGUGUGUGGUCAUGGCAAGUCCAGGAUACCCAGGAGACUAUGACAAAGGCAUGGAGGUAACAGGGCUGCUGCAAGCCAAAGAGUUAGGGCUGCAGGUGUUCCACGCUGGCACAACGCUGAAGGAUGGGAGAGUGGUGACAAAUGGUGGCAGAGUCCUCUCCAUUACUGCUGUUAAGGAGGACCUGAUGCAAGCCCUGGGAGAAGCCAACAGGGGUGUAGCAGCCAUACGUUUCAAGGGUGCCACUUACAGGAAGGACAUUGGCCAUCGGGGUAUACGGCUUCUUAAACAGUCUCUGUAUGUAAGCAAAUAG